AUGAGGCCGAUUUUGCUUUCCGGACACGAGCGUGCGCUCACGCAGGUCAAAUACAACGGCGAUGGCGACAUCAUCUUCUCCGUCUCCAAGGAUCACGUUGAUGCAGACUCACACAAUGGCGAGCGGAUAGGAACCUACCACGGUCACCAGGGUGCGCUCUGGACCGUCGACGUCAACCCCGAUUCCACACUCCUCGCGACUGGUGGCGCAGACAACACCCUGCGGUUAUGGGAGGUCCAGACGGGAAAGCUCCUGCACACCUGGGAGUUCAACACAUCGAUCAAGCGCUGCGAGUUCUCGCCCGACGGCAGGCAACUACUCGGUGUGACUGAGAAGCGAUCCGGUCACCUCUCCACCAUCGUCGUUUACGAAAUCAACCCCGACCCCGAGGCGAAGCAGAGCGACGAGCAGGUACUGAGAAUUGUCUGCGACGAGAGCAAGGCCACCGUUGCUGGCUUCAGCUACCUGGCCAAGUACAUCAUCUCAGGACACGAGGACGGAUCCGUUACACAGUGGGAUGGCAAGACUGGAGAGCUCCUGAGCAGCAAUUACGAUGUGCACGAGCCGGACAUGCAGGGGUACGCCCUCGCGACAAAGCAUGUGCGCUUCGAUGCUAACCGUGUGCAGCUCGUCGAUGUCGAAGAUCUUACCGUUCUCAAGUCCUAUGUUACCGAUACACCUCUCAACAGCGCCGCCAUCACGCCCGUAAAAGACUACGUUAUCCUUGGUGGAGGACAAGCCGCCAUGGAUGUCACCACCACCUCUGCCCGCCAAGGAAAGUUUGAAGCGCGUUUCUACCACAAGAUCUUCAUGGAGGAGAUUGGCCGUGUCCGUGGUCACUUUGGACCCCUCAACUACGUCGCCGUGCACCCGCAAGGCACCGGAUACUGCAGUGGAGGAGAGGACGGUUACGUGCGCGUACACCACUUCGACAAGCCAUACUUUGACUUCAUGUACGAGGUUGAGCGGGAAGCGGCGAGGGAGCAGGCCAACUUGUAA